ACAUACACGACAGUCCCAGAUAUCCAAUCAGACGUUGGCCUCUUGAUACGUCACUUGAGCGCCAUUCCUAUAAAUACCACUCUUUCCAACCGCGUAAACGUCUUUGAUUUUUCGGCGUGCGUGGGAAUUGUUUUCUCCGUGAUUAGCUGUUCAUACUAUAAGGAGCUGCUAACGCUAAAAAGAACUGGUAACACUGAAGAGCUAUUGAUACUAGUCAUGCCGGAGUUGUCUUCAAAGGGUGCUGCUAUCUCCAAGAAAGGGUUUAAAAAAGCCGUUACUAAAACUCAGAAGAAAGAAGGGAAGAAGCGCAGGAGAUGCAGAAAAGAGAGCUACUCAGUAUAUAUCUAUAAAGUCUUAAAACAAGUUCACCCGGAUACUGGUAUUUCAUCGAAAGCUAUGAGCAUCAUGAAUUCCUUUGUCACUGACAUCUUUGAGCGUAUUGCUGGUGAGGCAUCGCGCCUGGCGCAUUACAACAAGCGUUCAACCAUUUCAUCUAGGGAGAUCCAGACAGCUGUGCGCCUGCUGCUGCCGGGGGAAUUGGCUAAACAUGCCGUGUCUGAAGGCACCAAGGCUGUUACUAAGUACACCAGCUCCAAAUAAACUUGUAAAAAUUACUUUUCAGUAACCCAAAGGCUCUUUUCAGAGCCACCUAACACACACUUAAAAAAGCUGUGGGCUCGGUAUUCACUUUACAUAGCUAGCUAGUAAAGAUCUGCUGCAGAAGACUCCGGUUCGAUUCCUGGG